GUCACUAACAACGUGGAGAUCAAUCGCGUAUGCAAGGGAGUCCACCCACCUGUCAUCUCGGAUGCUGGAAUGAUGGCAGUGAGCGGGGACGGAAGGGGAACGGAAGACCCUUACGCCGGCGCCCCACUUCCCCACGAUCGCCCCACGUCGGCAACGGGAGGGCCGUAUGAUAUCGCGGAGACUUCAUAGAGGCAAACGAUCGACCUGAUGCUUAUAGGCAUAUAAUGCAACAUCAAUCCGACCUCAACCUUGACCAUCCAGCAGAGUCUACACACAUCAUCUUCCCCAUCUCAUAAUUCUCUCACACAAAUAUGCCCAGCUUCAACACGCACCUCCAUCCAGCCGUGCCGCCAACCGACCAUGAGCACCACCAGGUCAUCAUCGUCGGCGCCGGGCCGACCGGUCUCUUCCUCGGCCUAAAGCUAGCUCGCGAGGGCAUCGACGUGCUUGUUCUCGAGGGCGAGCGAGGGAUCAUGCAAUCCCCACGGGCGACGACUUACAUGCCCGUCGUCCUCAACGAGUUCGAAAAAGUCGGACUCCUGCAAGACGUGAUCGACGGGGGGCACAUCAACUCGGACGGCGUCGUGUUUCGCACGCCAGCCGGCAAAGGCGACAAAGUCCUUGCGCGGAUGUCGCUUUCGGUGGUGCCCAAGGGCGUCAACAAAUUCGACUACGCGGGUAUCCACAUGGGGCAGCACCAGCUUGCAGCGAUAAUCCAGAAGCGCGCCGAGCUAUGUCCGACUUUCGGCAUCCGAUUUUCGCACCGCUUCGCGGGCGCAACGCAGGACGCCGACAAGGUCCGUGUGUGCAUGGUCACAAAUCGCGGCGAGAAGUGGUUUUCGGCCGAUUAUGUGGUCGGGUGUGAUGGUGCCGGGAGCAGUGUCCGCAGGAGCCUGGGUAUCCCCUUCGAAGGGUCUACGUGGGAUGAUUUCCGCUUCGUCGCUACGAAUGUUAAGUAUCCCGGUUUCGAUAAGUACAACUUCCCGACGGCAAAUAUGAUCGUCGACCCUGAGGACUGGGCGGUCGUUGCGCGCACGGGGAAGCCCGAGGAGGGGAUCUGGAGGGUCGCCUUCGGUGUAAGAACGGAUGUGCCCGACGAUAAAAUCCUGGAGCAGAUACCGGCCAAGUUCGCGGAGCUGCUGCCCGGUACUGCGGAGGAGAGGAAGGAGUGUGAGCUCCUCAAUGCGAGCCCGUAUUGGGCGCAUCAACGGGUCGCGGCGGAGUAUGUUGUCGGAAGAAUCAUUCUCGCGGGAGAUGCUGCACACUCCAACAACCCCAUCGGCGGCCUCGGACUCACGACAGGACUCAUGGAUGCCGCAGCGCUCGGUACUAUAUUAAUCCGGCUGCUGGUCAAGGGCGAUGCCGACAAGUCCGACCAGCUGCUUCGGCGGUACGGCGAUGUGCGGAGGAAGGCCUUCGUCGAGUACUCGAAUCCGCAGAGUAUGGAGAACAAGCUCCGGCUGCAUUCGGAAGAUCCAACGGUGGUGGAGUCCAGAGAUGAGUUUUUCCGUGCGCUCAAUACCAAGCCGAAGGAGACGAGCAUAAUGAUGGCAAGUCAGAUGAACGAGUUUUUGGAUGAGGAUUUUUCGGCGUAGAGCGUGGGGGUUUUGUCUUCUUUUGCUUUAUUUUGUAGUUUCAUAUCCGUCUGUUCUCUGGUGCUUGUAUGUAUCUUUUUAAAGAGAUGAAUCAAAUGAAUGGGAGGCAUUUAGACGUGCUUCGGAU